AUGGUUCAAGCUUACGUGAAUGACCCUGUCACAUUCCGUCAGGACGGCCAACUUAAGAAUGGCAAAGUUAUUAGUGAACCAACGCAAACAAAUCAACAAUAUGUUAUUGAAGAGAAUUCCACUCAAACAAGAUAUAGUAAUGGUAUUUCGAAUCAACUUGUGCUUUACCUUGUUUACUAUUUAUUAUUUUUCGUUUCUUAUGUUUUUUCUGCUUGUGAUUAUACAACAACAUGUAAAUGUCCUUCAUUUGCUACAGCAGGUCAAUAUUGUGGAGGUGCUUCUGGUAUGAUUGGUUGUAAUUCAACUCAUCUUUAUGAAUGUAAUAAUGGUGGUACAAUGGUUUGUGAUUAUGGUGUAAGCGAUUCCUGUAAUUCACAACCUACUUGUAAUACUGCAGUAGUAAAACGAGAUGGUCAAUACUCAUCAUGUGGAUGUAAAAGUUGUACAUUUACAAAUCCAUUAAAUCUAUGUAAUAAUUGUGAUUGUAAUGGCUGUUUUGCUUCUGCAUCUUGCCAACGUUGCUCUUGCCCUUCAUGUUUUAAAGGUACUCUAUAUUAUUAUUGUAGUGAUUGUACUUGUGGUGGAUGUGGUCCAAUUCAAAAGAAAAAUUAA